CGUGCAGGAAGAAGGCUAGCUCGCUGGGGCUCAACUGAUCCAAGUUAGGAGCUCUCAGCUGCUAGCCUUGGCCCAUCAUGUAAGGGCUGCUGAGCUUUCUUUGCAGACCAAUUGCAGAAAUUCCCCGUUUCCAGGCAUAUUUGCACGGUGUGCAAUUCGAAUUCUACACUUUGCACGGAAGCAAACGGAUCGCGCGCGCGAAUAGUCCAAGUGCAUGCCAAUCCGGGCUUGUGUUUUGCACCUUUGUUGCAAAGCAAGCCCACUGAAGCUCCAACGCGAGGCGAGGGAGGUGGAGGGAGGGAGUGCGAGAGAAGGCAAAGUCUUUUGUGCUUCCCCUCCCCCCCACAACAGCAAAGGGGAAAUGUCUAAUGCAAAGGGAGGUAAGAAGAAGCCGGCGUUGAGGCUCUCCAAGGAGGUGUUUGAACAGCCUGCCCCUGCUGCCGCACCUCCCAGAGAUUUGGACUCGAAAGCCUGUGUAACCAUCGGUGAGAAGAAUUUUGAGGUGAAGGCUGAUGACCUUGAGCAGAUUGGGGAGCUGGGUCGCGGGGCGUAUGGAGUGGUGGACAAGAUGAGGCACGUACCCAGCGGACUUAUUAUGGCCGUCAAGCGUAUCCGGGCGACGGUGAACACUCAGGAGCAGAAGCGUCUUCUGAUGGACCUGGACAUUUCUAUGCGGACGGUGGACUGCUUUUACACAGUCACCUUCUACGGAGCGCUGUUCAGAGAGGGCGACGUGUGGAUCUGUAUGGAGCUGAUGGACACGUCUCUGGACAAGUUCUACAAGCUGGUGACUGAGAAGAAUAUGGUCAUCCCGGAGGACAUACUCGGCAAGAUCGCAGUGUCUAUUGUCAAAGCCUUGGAGCAUCUUCACAGCAAUCUGUCCGUCAUACACAGAGACGUGAAGCCGUCCAACGUGCUCAUCAAUACGCAGGGCCAGGUGAAGAUGUGUGACUUUGGCAUCAGUGGCUACCUGGUGGACUCGGUGGCCAAGACCAUGGAUGCCGGCUGCAAGCCUUACAUGGCGCCGGAGAGGAUCAACCCGGAAACCAAUCAGAAAGGCUACAACGUCAAGUCCGACAUCUGGAGUUUAGGAAUCACCAUGAUUGAGCUGGCGAUCCUGCGUUUCCCAUACGACUCGUGGGGGACGCCGUUUCAGCAGCUGAAGCAGGUUGUGGAGGAGCCGUCACCCCAGCUGCCCCCCGACAAGUUCUCACCCGAGUUCGUGGACUUCACCUCCCUGUGUUUGAAGAAGAAUUCCAAAGAGCGGCCAAACUACACAGAACUCAUGCAACACCCUUUCUUCAUGUCCCAUGAGUCCAAAGAGACUGACGUGGCCAGCUUUGUCAAGGUCAUCCUGAGCGAGUGACAAAUGCCCCUGAUGUCUCCUGUCGGCCUGGUCCGGCCCAGCUGCGGCACGACUCAGGCCCGGCUGCGACUCAACUCAACUCAACCGGAACUCCCACCACCACCACCCUACCUCCCCAACCUCCCCUACUCUACACCCCAGUCUCAACCCCCCCACCCCUAUCCAAGCAUCCUCAAUCGGAAGUCCCACCCUACUUACCUACAUCCCCCACCUCCUACUCCUCAACAACCUAGCCCCAGAACUUCAGUCCAGGCCCCUACCUACCAUCCUACCUCCCCAACCUCCUACUGCCCCAGUCCCUCCCCCCAACCUCACCACCACCACCAAGCAUCCUCAACAACCAGCCCCCAGCCCCUCUACCUACCAACCAACAGACUGGCCAAUCGCAUGACACGUUGUAAUACCCCACUCCCUCCCUACAGACCACAGAGCCAACGCUGCCCCCCUCUCUGAGCCAACGGUCCCCCUCCCCACAAUCUGCUGAGAAGUAACAACAACGCAACCCAAUCGCAAAAGGCUUGACAAACCCGCGGGGACUUCCCAGCCUACAGAAAAGAGAGGAUAAGAGAGGGGAGGAGAAGAGGAGAGGAGAGGAGAGGA